UUUUUUUUUCCUCAUCAUUUUAUUUUUUUUCUCUUCAUUCUCAAGUAUCAUCAUCAACAUGGGCGUUACCAAGACCACCCUUUCACCCGGCGAUGGCAAGACCUUCCCCACCCGUGGUCAGACAGUCGUCAUGCAUUACACUGGUACCCUUACAAACGGAACCAAGUUUGACUCUUCUCACGACCGCAAUAAGCCCUUCGAGACCCCCAUCGGUGUAGGUCGCGUUAUCCGUGGUUGGGAAGAAGGUGUUCCUCAGAUGUCUCUGGGCGAGAAGGCCAUCUUGAACAUCACUUAUGACUAUGCAUAUGGAGAAAAUGGAAUCCCAGAUGUUAUUCCUCCCAAGUCUGACUUGAUCUUUGAGGUUGAGCUUAUUCAAAUCAAAUAGGUCAAAGGAUCUUUAUGUGAUCCACAUUCCUUCCUGUGACAAAAUAGUAGUAGGGAAAAAAAAAAAA